AGCUGUCAAAAAGGAAUGCAGUGGUGGUGGGUGAGACCCGCAGUGCGAGACUCGGCCAGCUAUGCAGAAAAACCUGCCACUGGGUAUCACCUGUGGAGCUCCUCCCUGCUUCUCCGCUCCUGGCCGGCCCCACCCGAGCCCACACCCCCAGCCUCUGCCAGGAGACUGGGCUCUGCAGACCUGAGAUCGCACGUCUUUGGGGCUCCUCCUUUGUGCUUCACAUGGGGUCAUGGCUCGGGCAGCAUCUGUCUUCAGAACCAGGUGGUGUUUGGGUUCUGGGUCUGGGUCCUGGUGGCUGCCACCCACGUGGCAAACCCGCUGCUGCAAGGAUGGGUGUUGUACGUCUCGCUGACCUCGUUCCUCAUCUCCCUCAUGUUCCUGUUGUCUUACUUGUUUGGAUUUUACAAGAGAUACGAGUCCUGGAGAGUCCUGGACAGCCUGUACCACGGGACCACCGGCAUCCUGUACAUGAGCGCGGCUGUCCUGCAGGCCCACGCCACCAUCGUCUCUGAGAGCCAGGACCUGGGCAACUACAUGACAAACACUGCGGCCACGUUUUUCGCCUUCAUCACCACCCUGCUCUACGUGCUCCACGCCUUCAGCAUCUACUACCACUGAGGGCAGGAGUCCUGCCCGGCGCGAAAUGCUCCUGUAACACGUGGACCAUGGCUCACGAAGGUCGCUUCAGCAUUCGCCAUCUGGAUGACACACAGACCAACAACACAUCAGUGGGACUAACAGACCGUCUUUUCAGACAGAAGGAUGAAAUCACACUCCGCAUAGCCUCCUGGACUUUGCAAUCCGUUGUGAUGACUGUGGACAGGCUGCGUUGUCUUUUGCCUGGGAAAGUAACUGGCUCCACAAAACGAGCUUCCAAAGCCCUCAGCACUGAGAAUCCCGAUCCACCAGCGUCACCUGGUGGAUCCACCUGGCUGGGGACCCGUCUCAGCAAUUAGGGUCCCCAGGCAGGUGUGUGGGAACGUGCAGUCUUCGUUUCUUAAAGCCGAAAUGGUGCUAGCAAUGCCUCCACAUCUCUGCUUAGAUGCAGACCCUCUCCCGCCCUGUGGUUCUGCUCUGAUCGGCAGCAAAGACCAGCCACACUGCCACCCCCAUUACAUCCCCCUUCCUUCCCUCCCCAGCUUCGGGAUCCAAUUUAGAGGCUAGAUUUGCAGGAAAAGAAGUGAGUGACUCUACAAAACUGUUAUACGGUAAGAGCUGGGGGCGGGGGGGCUGCAGGACCCUACCCGACAAGGACUACAAGCCACCUUGCCCCCCACAAAAGACCUUCAAGGAAGGAAGCAGGAUGUUACGUACAAAGACUCUCCCCUGGGCUCCUCUCACGCUAUGCGGGGCAUUUAAGGAGGCCGGGAAAGGGAUGUGCUCUUUCGUGGGUGCCCACCCCCCUCAAGUGCCCGCUGUGGUGCCACCAGAGAGGAGCCCGGGCCACUCCGCUGCCUCCUACAGCGUGGGGCUCACACGGCUGGACACAUGGCGUUCAACUUUUGGACCAUUCUCAACGAGAAGGCUGGCGUUGUGCACACAGAAACACAAAAAGAGGUGCUUGGUUUCAAAGUAAAGGUUUUCCCUGAGAAACACGGCUGUGCAUCUGGGAUUUCUCCACACCGUCCUCGGCUCCCCAGUGGGUCUCCUGGCCUCUCGGCUCGGGCAUCGCGGCUCAGGCAUCGCCCAUAACCGCACGCACCUGGGACUCCUCUUAGCUGAUUUAAGGGCUCACAGUUCCUAUCUUCUGCUCCUGGGAGAAGGGGGACAGGGAGUCACCGAAGAGAAACCGGCUUCCCUGUCGUUGACUGCUGGCUUCCCAAUUGCCCCGCUAUCUUGAAAAGCCCCCAUUUAUCUCUCUCUUUCUUGCCUGGCAGCUGCCUGGGAUGAGCACUGUUCAAUAUUUACCGAGUAGCCACAUCCAAAUAAAAGGUGUUUUACAGUAAAA